AAACAUAGUUAACUGGAGAAAUCUCUGGAUUUAAAAAUAAAUAUAUUGCGACAAAACAUAUUUAUGUAGCUUUUAUUUCUUAAACGAAUAUUGAAGAAGUAUUCUAUAGUUGAUAAUUAAAUACAAAGGACAUUAGAUUUGUUUCAAAAGUUUUCUAUUGACUACUUAACAUUUAUUCACUCUUGUUAACUAUUUUAUAUCUAAUUUAAUUAUACAGCAAUUUUUAAUUUUAUUAUACGUGGUAAUCGUGCUAUAAGCAUAAGCAAUUUAAAUAAGCGGAGAGACAAACAUUGCAUACACCCAGUAUUCUAUAAUUCUAUACCUAGGUCCUUUUACAAAUGUAUGUACAUACUUCACUUACUAAGCAACAGUAAACAGUAAACAGUAAACAGAAACCUAACCCUAACUAAAUGAUGAUGAAUGCAUUUUAUAGUUUACUAAAAAUUCAUGCAACAUUUUAAUGAUAAAAAUAGGAAAACAAAACUGAAUAUAUAAUAUGUAUGGUAAAAAUAAAUAGCAUUUACAUUAAUAAAUAAAAAGUAGUUCUCAAAUAUUGUACAUAGUAUCUGUAAUUAUAUAAGAAUGAGACAACAAAUUUAUGAUGUAAUUAUAAUUUGUAAAUCAAAUAAUAUAACACGAGAAUUUUUAAGAAUUUAUUAAGGUAUUGAUGUAGAAAAAAGCACAGGUGGUAAAAUGGAUUCUGCAGGUAGCACAAUAAGUGGUGCUGGAGAUCGUUUAAGUGAAGAAGAUCUUUCACCAGAUGCAUUAGUUAGACAGAAUUAUGAAUUACGACAUCGUCUUGAAGAAGAAGCAGCUCAUUACAAAAGACGUCUGGAUACAUACAGACAAGCACAACAACAUCAGGCUGCUCUUGUUUCCCGCUUACAAGCCAAAGUGUUGCAAUACAAACAAAAAUGUUCUGAAUUGGAAAGUCAAAUGGCAGAAUCUGCUGUAUAUGAUUCUAAUAAGGCUGCGAGUUCUACAUCUCCAACAACUUCUGUUUUAGAUGCAGCUUAUCAAACGUUAAGGGAAAUACGUGAGGAACAGGUUCAUGAUUUAGACACUGCUUUAAAAAAACUGGCAGAAGAACGUAAAAGAUGUGAAAAACUGUUGCAAUUAAAUACAACUUUGAAAGAUCAGUUAGAAGAAUCUCAUCAAACAAAUGAAGCACUCACAAAUGAUUUACAGAAAUUAAGUAAUGAUUGGGAUAUUUUAAGAGAAGAAUUGGCUAUCAAGGAAGAGGAAUGGAGAGAAGAAGAACAAGCUUUUAAUGAAUAUUAUACUUCAGAACAUAAUAGAUUAUUAAAUCUUUGGCGUGAUGUUGUUUCUGUAAAACGAUUAUUUGCAGAGAUAAAGUCUAGUACGGAAAGAGAUUUAUUAAAAAUGAAGAAUAGCGUUAUUUCUACGUUUAAUGAUGUCUCGUCGGCUUGUAAUAAUACAGGAUUCGCUAUAAGAAUGCAAGCAGCUAUGCAACCAAUGAUAUCUCAGCAAGUUCAACAAGCACAGGAACAGGUAACAACUGACUUAAAAACAGAAUUAACAACACUUAAACAACAAUAUGACGUAGCUCAGAAUGAAAUUCAUAUAAAAGAGGAAAAGAUCAAUCAACUUAUUCGUGAUGUUCAUAGUUUGGAAGAAAGAUGUGGGGAGGCCGAAGCAGAAGUACAUCGUAAUUCACGCUUACAAGAUGAUAUAGAAAUUUUACAAUCUGCAUUGAGGGAUAUAGCACAUGCUGUAAUCCAAGAUGCAGAAACUCGCGAAAUUGAAUCUACCCAGGCACCUCCUCAUCUUCAUUUGUCACCUACUGGACCAAUCCCCCAAAAAUCACCAAAAAGAGGUACAAGAAGCAACACCAUUCCAGCCUUUGCUGAAAGUACUAUCAGUGCUGUACAAGCAGCUCUACAUAAAUAUCAGUUGACUAUACACGAGCUUCAGGUAAAAUUGCAAACCAAUAAAGAACAGUUACAAUCUUCUCGAAAACAAUUCGAAAACGCAGAAGAGAAUGUUAAAACUUUAGAGAAGAGAGCAGAGGAAUUAAUUAUUGAAUUGGAUACAAUUCGGUCACACUGCUCACAACUUAAUCAAGAAAAAGACAUGUUACAAAAAGGGCUUGAUACUGUAAGGAUAGAAAAAAAUGCACUUGACAAAAGCAGAGUAGAAAUUAACAGCAUGAUGGAAAAUUUAAAUAGCGAUUGCGAAAAAUUACAGAAAGCUAAUAACAAAUUACAAAAGCUUUGUGAUAACUUGGAAGAUGAAAAAUUGUAUCUUCAAAGUGAGCUCAGUAGACUAUCUAAAGAUGUAGAAUUAAGAGAACUAAAUCUACGUUCAGAAGAAGACAGAUGCAGUAAAAUGAGAGAGGAACUGCUAACUUUACGGGAAGAAUUGAGUAAAGCAUAUCUGGCAAAAGAUAUGUUAGAACAACAAAAAUUAGAAACAGAUGGAUUAAUUUCACAAAUUGAAAAAAGCAAAGGUGAUUUGGAACUAGAAUUGGAACGUGUACUAUUAGAAAAAUCAGACUUACAAGAAGUUUUAAUGAAAUUAGAAACAGUCUGCAGCAAUAAUGAACAAGAGAAACAACAAUUACAAGAAGAAUUAAAAAAGAUAACAGAAGAAAAAAACAAAUUAGCAAGUCAAUGCACUGAUCAGCAAAGUGAUUUGGGUUCCUUAAGAAAAGAAUUACUUCAAGCAGAACAAACCAGACUCGAUUUGGAGUCAGAGAAAGCAACUUCGAAUGAAAAAGUAAAAUUUUUGGAGAUCGAGAAGGAGAAGAUUGAAAUAGAAGUAGCACAUGUUACCCGUGAGCGUGGAGAUUUAAGUAAUCAGUUGUCAGUUUUGGCACGAAAGAAAGAAACAUUAAAUGAGGAAUUAAUGAGAGUCAGACAAAGAUUAGAACAAGCAAACGAAAUGAAUGGAAGAAUAAAUCGAAAUUUAGAAGAUCUCGUAAAAGACAAUGAAGAGAAACAGGUACUCUUAGAAACCAAUGAAAAAGAAGUACAACGACUACAGGAGCAACUUGCAUCAAUGCGUAGUGAAAAGGAAACGUUAGAAGGCGUGUUAUUUGAUACACAAACUAAUUUAGAAAAUAUGCAUGUAAAGAAGACACAAUUAGAAAAGGAACAGAAAGAGUUGUUAAUAAAACAGGAAAGCUUAAAAGGACAAGUAGAACGAUUAAUGAAGGAACUCGAGAGUAGUGAGAAACGAACACAUGAAAUAAAGCAAACUCUAACGCAACAAAGCGGCGACCAAGAAGCUGAAUUUCAACAAAUUAUCUCCAACGUGAAAAAACAUAGUGAAGAUAAUAUAAAAAAACUAAAUGAAGAAAAAGAACAAAUAAAAAUAAACUUAGAGAAACGACUUCAACAAUCCCUGUUGCAACUUACUGGAGAGAAAGAUAAUGAGAUAAAUCAAUUGCAGCAAAGGAUAGAUGAAAUGCAACAGCACAUAGAAAAUUUGUGUCAACAACAUGAGGAAGUUCUUCUGAGAGCAGAAAAUGAUAAACAACAAGCUCUUCUUAUAGCUCAUCAUGAUCAGCAAGCAUUAAUGGAGAAAUUGGAGACUGUUCUACGUGAAAUGGAAGAAGAGAAGAACAAUGUAGAACGAAUGAAACGGGAAGCAGCAGCGCGUGCCGAACAGGAACGUAAUAAUACAAAUCAAUUGCGCGAUGAAUUGAGCCGUUUUAAAACAAAAUUAGACGAGACUAAACUAAAAGCUGAUGAAGAAAAGAUAAAACUUGAAUUAAAAAUUGAAGAACUCUGGAAAGAACGAGAAUCAGCGCAAAGAGAAUCUGAAGAGUUGCAAGUUCAAUUACACAUGACGGAAGAUAAAGUUGAUAGUUUGCAAAAUCAAUUGCACGAAACUAUUAGAAAGCUCAAAGAUGCCGAAAAUCUUAACGAAACAUUGCGUAAAGAGUUAGUGGAUAUUAGGAGGCAAUUAGCCGACUGUACGUAUGAGAAAGAAAAAUAUAACAGUAGCAAUAAAGAAUUACGCGAACAUGUGAAACGUAUCGAAAGCGAAAAAAGAGAACAAAGUAGAACGUUAGAAGAAUCGUACCAAAAAAUUUCAGCAUUGGAGGAUAUGAAAUUGAAUAUAGAUGCAGAGAGAUCUCGUCUUCAAGCGCAACUUCGUGAUAUGGAGAAAGAAAUAUUACAAUUACAAAAACAGCUUCAUUUUACUCAAGAUGAGUUACAGAAAUCUCAUCAGAAUAACACGCAAGCACAAAAUGAUGAAAAAGAAUUGCAAGCACGAUUAACUAACGAAACAGAAGAAAGAGAACGUUUGCAGCUGCAAUUACAUCAAGUCAAGAAACAGCUAAUGGAUGUUGAUAAUAGCUUGAAAGUAACAAGACAAGAGCUCGGAAGGUUGCGUUCACGUGCAGAUGAAGAAAAUGAACGGUGGAGAGUUAGAGAACAAGAACUAGUAGUUCGUCUCGAGGAUAGUCGAUGUCGUGAAAGAAAACUCGAGGACCAAAAGCAUAACUUGGAAGUUUGUCUAGCUGAUGCUUCCCAACAGAUUCAAGAACUCAAAGCACGUCUUGGGGGCUCUGAAGGACGAGUUCGAGCACUAGAUACCCAAUUAUCACAACUGGAAAUGGCAAAGAAAGAUGUUGAACAAAAAUUAAGUAGCGUGGCUUCGACAUUACGUCGGAUUGCAGGUAUUCAAUUGGAUGGAAGUGUUAACAUACCCUUCAAAUUAAUGAGUCCAUCAAGAAGGUGGAGCCCAGCAAGAGCUCAAGAUCACAUUGAUUCUACUAGAGAUGUCAUACUUGAUGUUGAUCCUGAAACUAUUAGAAAAGGUGUACGAUCUCUCAUGCAACAAGUAGCUCAAAUCGAACGUGAAAGGGAUGAUUAUAAAACGGAAUUGUGUAACUUGAAAAAACAAUUGGUAGAAACUCAAGAGAUUCAGAAUAGAUCAGAUAUGCAAAUAAACACUUUAUUAACGAAUAUAAGAAUACUCCAGGACGAAAAGAAUUCAUUAGAAGUAAAAUUUUCUCAAAAACAGAGUGGCUAUGAAAUGCAGUUAAACGCUUUGCAACUAAAAACAGAAGAAUGCGAGCAAUUGCGUGAAAAGAUAGUCAAUCUUGAAAUGAUGGUUAGUAAUAAUUCUGAAGAAAAAACACAGUCCGAGGAAAAAGUAGACAAACUGAAACAAACUUUGAGCAAAGUAGAAAAUGAAAAACGUAAUCUACAAGAGGAACUUAACAGAAGCGAGUCCCGUGCUACAAAAUUAGAAUUGCAAAGAAUGUCAUUGGAAGGUGAUCUUCAAAGAUUGCAAAUGAUGUUUCAGGAAAAAGAUGCAAACAUUCAUAAAUUACAAGAACGAAAUGAUACACAAAACCGAACAAUAACGAGUUUAGAAGAACGUUGUACUUCAUUGAAAUCUACCAUAGAACAAUUAAAUCUUACAUUAGAAAAGGCAUCCAAUGCAGAAAGCGAAUUAAAGAAUGAAAUUAAUUCAUUGCAUCACAAUAUUAUGGAAUUAACAACUACCCUACAGGCUUCUAAUGAGAAGAAUAAACAGUUACAAAAACAACUUUCAAAUACUGAGAAUGAACGCAGAAUUUUAUCUGAACGCAUAGAAUUUUUGCAACAAUCUUUGAACGAUUUGAAGCAUACAAAUCAAACAUUAACGGAUCAAAUUACUUGUCUACAAAAUGAAUUAGCGAAUAAUGAAGUACAACGUUGUGCCUUAGAAUCUCAAUUGAGAAUAAUUGCUUAUCCGCAGGAAGAAAGUACAAACAAAAACGAAGAAUUGCUACGACAGUUACAAAUAGCGCAAAGAGAGAGAAGUGAAAUGAGAGGAAAAAUGGAAGCUCUUAAUGAUAAAAUGAAAUUAUUGGAAGCUGAUAAACGUAAUUUGGAGCGGCAAUUAUCAUUAUUUAAAUCAACUAGCCGUAGCAAAAGCUAUGAACGUUCUGAAAAAGCACACAUGGAAUUACUUGGCACGAGUUUCGAUAUAGAUCAUUACGAGCAAGAAAACAGAGAAUUAAGAUUGAAAGUCCGUAGAUUAGAAACACAACUUGCAGAGAAGGAAGCGGAGCUUAUAAGAAUAAAAUCAAGUUACAGUCACACGCACUCAAUAUUUGAUUUUAGUCGAGAUAGGACCGGAGAAGUUGAAAGACUUCGAGCAGCUCAAUUACAGGCUGAGAAAUUAUUAGAAGCAAGAGAACAAAGUCACCGUCAACAAGUUUUACGUUUAGAAAAUCAGAUACAACUACUGCGGGAACAACUUAAUCAAGAAAUAAAACGUCGACAAUUAUACGUCUUACGAAGUUCAAGAGCUGGCAGAGAAAUGCAACAAUUAAGGCAGGCCUUAGGCGAUUCUUUGAGAACCGUAGCGCAAGAUCCAUCAUUAGACGCAGUGUUAUUAGAACAUGAAGCUCGGAAAUUAGAUUCUACUCUGACAAGUACUACCAGUUUACCGCCAUCAUUAGCUUUACCUCCACCACCGUCUUACGAUAGAUCUUCCACACCAGCACAGCUGAAAUAAGGUGUAAUAUUGUUUCAGACUGAAUCAGAUGUUGAAACUGCCAAUGUAUGUUCAAUGAUAUUUACA